CCGCCUGGCAGCUCGGGCAGGGCUGGGAGAGGUAGAGGCCGGGCCGACCGCGCCCACUCUCCUUGCUGCGGCCAGUGCGGGGCGGAGGCUGGAGGGCAGGGCUGCGGGUCCCGGGAACCUGGAGUCUGCGGUUUGGGGCGGCCGGACGUAGAUUGCUUUUAGGAACAGCGCUCGACCCAGGCCAAGCCAGCAGCGGAUCAGCCACCUGCCAGGAGCUCAGCCAUGUGGACCCUGGGCCGCCGGCACCUGUGUCUGACUUUCCUGCUGGUUUGUGUGCUGGCGGGACUCUCCUUCCUGCACCUCUACCUGGGCCUCUUCCCGGGCGGCCUGCACCUGCCUUUUCUGUGUGCAGACCGACACCUGGUGGCGGCCCCCGUUGCCAUCUUCUGCCCACCGGGUGCUCGCAUGGCCCUCAACACCUCCCCUUCCUGUGCCCAGCUCCCCGCGCCCCCCUCGGGCGCCUGGACCAUCUCCCCGGAAGGCCGGCUUGGUAACCAGAUGGGGCAGUACGCCACGCUGCUGGCCCUGGCCCGGCUCAACGGCCGCCAGGCCUUCAUCCUGCCCGCCAUGCACGCGGCCCUGGCCCCCGUGUUCCGCGUCACCCUGCCCGUGCUGGCGCCCGAGGUGGACAGCCGCACGCCCUGGCAGAGCCUGGAGCUGCACGACUGGAUGUCGGAGGAGUACGCCCGCCUGCCGCAGCCUUGGCUGAAGCUGUCGGGCUUCCCCUGCUCCUGGACCUUCUUCCACCACCUCCGGGAGCAGAUCCGCCGGGAGUUCACGCUGCACGACCACCUCCGGGAAGGCGCCCAGCGUUUCCUGGCCCGGCUCCGCCUGCCGGGCACCGGCGGCCGCCCGCGCACCUUCGUGGGUGUCCACGUGCGCCGGGGGGACUACCUGGAGAUCAUGCCCCAGCGCUGGAAGGGGGUGGUGGGCGACCGCGCCUACCUGCGGGAGGCCAUGGAGUGGUUCCGGGCCCGGCACGAAGCCCCCAUCUUCGUGGUCACCAGCAACGGCAUGGCCUGGUGCCGGGAGAACGUGGACGCAUCCCGGGGGGACGUGGUCUUUGCCGGCGACGGACAGGAGGCCUCGCCGGGGACGGACUUCGCGCUGCUCGCGCAGUGCAACCACACCAUCAUGACCAUCGGCACCUUCGGCUUCUGGGCCGCCUACCUGGCGGGCGGAGACACCGUCUACCUGGCCAACUUCACCCUGCCCGACUCCGGCUUCCUGGAGAUCUUCAAGCCCGAGGCCGCCUUCCUGCCCGAGUGGGUGGGCAUUAAUGCAGACCUGUCUCCGCUCCAGGCAUCUACGUCUCCCGGGGCCUAGCAGCUUCUGGAGGAGCCUGAGGCCGUCCUGCAGCGGGCGGGCACCGUUUCGAGAGUGAUUCUAGUUGGCUAGACCUUCAGAGAAAGAGAGGCUUCCAGCAACUGCUGAACAUUCUAGAACCAGCAGGAAAUAUUGUCCUGACCGGCGAGGGCUGGGCCGCCUGUGGUGCCAUCCACAAUGUGGAUGGCUGUCCCCCAGGAGCCGGGAACUACCCUCUCUAGUGCUAACUACUCAGGUCUUUUCUAGAAGAGAUGUUUUUCUUCUCCUGGGCCCUCAGGACGGAAGGAAGGAACUCGUGGGUGUUCCAGAGCAAGCGCUGGCCAACGCCCCCUGUGUUUCUGGAGUGGUUCUAGACGGGUCAUUUGCUCUAGAGGGGGGCACGCUCUCAUGCCCGUGAAGAACCCUGCAGAGGGUUGGGGCGGGGGGGGGGGCGUCCUGGAAUUCUGGAUCACUUUGGUGAAGAGUUGAAUAAAGGUACAAUCAGAAGCUCAGCACCUCACCACGGCCCAGAAGAUUGAUGGGAGACAGAUUACAUGUAGCUGGGGCAGUUUGUGAGGAGAGUGAAACUCUAGUCCACUCUCAGCCCCUGGGGAAAGCCACUCCCCCUGCCCCCAGCAGAUAGGCUGAAAGGUGGGAGGUGGAGGAAGGGGGUGGCUGCUGAAAUGCUGGAACUUCCAGAAAUGUAAUGAGACUUCUUUUUUUUUUUUUUAAGCUCAGAAACUGACAUGUUGCCCCCCAGUAUGGGAUGCCUCUCUCAGUUAAGGGUGGUCUUUCCUCUGCAGCUGGGCGGCUGGGGGAGAUGGGAUGGAUUUGGAGUCAACUGGGAUAUAUGUGACCUCUGGGCUGGCAGAAAGCUGCUGGUAUUGUCCCCCUUGCCAACCACUGUCUGUCUGCCCCUGAAUUCACUGACUCUGGCCUUGGGCACGUGAGGGGUGGGAAGAUACAAGGGUAUGCAGACCCUGCACUAGUCUCAUACCCAAGAAGGAGUGCCCUUGGCUAGGAUCUAGCCAAGGAGGACCGGAUUCUUGACUCAGAUUUCAGGAGCCCCUUAGUGCUUUUUUUUUUUUUUUUUUAAAUAUAUCUUUAUUGAUUUCAGAGAGGAAGGGAGAGGGAGAGAGAGAAAAACAUCAACGAUGAGAAUCAUUGAUUGGCUGCCUCCUGCAUGUCCCCUGCUGGGGAUCAAGCCCGCAACCUGGGCAUGUGCCCUUGACCGGAAUCGAACCUGAGACCCUUCAGUCCGCAGGUUGACUCUCUAACCACUGAGCAAAACCAGCUGGGGCCCCUUGAUCCUUUUUGAAGGGGAUGAAAGUAGAUACUUUUAUUCCAGACUUGUUUCUAGUCUUCUCAUGGUGGUUUUUUUUUUUUUUUUUUUGGGGGGGGGUGCUUUUCCCUACUCAGCUGCCAUGGGUGGGAGAGGGAGGUAUGAAUUAA